AACAUCUUCUUGUCCACCUCAAGACUUGCCCCUACUACCAUACUUCCUCGACAACUCAGAGCCACCACUCCCAUUAUCAAUAAUCACCAUCUCCCCUACUCAACCACCACCACACAAAACAAGAUGGCUGCCAACGCCCAGACUAUCAUCGACCUCGCCAAGCAGCGCCGGUCCUACUACCCGCUGUCCAAGGACCUGACCAUCACCCCCGCCCGCGUCCAGGAGAUCGUCAAGGACCUCCUCGACCAGGUCCCUUCCUCCUUCAACUCCCAGUCCAACCGUGUUGUCGUUCUCUUUGGCGCCGAGCACGAGAAGCUGUGGGAUUUCGCCACCGAGAUCCUCAAGGCUAUUGUUCCUGAGGACCAGUGGGAAGGCACUGCCAAGAAGAUGGCCCUGUUCAAGGGUGCUGCUGGCACUGUUCUCUUCUACGAAGACCAAGCCGUCGUCAACGCCAUGCAGGAGCGCUUCGCCAUCUACGCCGACCGCUUCCCCGUCUGGGCCGGCCACACCGACGCCAUGCUCCAGUGGGCCACCUGGACCGCUCUCGAGGCCGAGGGCCUCGGCGCCAACCUGCAGCACUACAACCCCUUGAUCGACCAGCGCGUCGCCGCCGAGUGGAACGUCCCCGCCGACUGGAAGCUGUCUGCCCAGCUGGUCUUUGGUGGGCGCACCGGUGAGGCUGGGCCCAAGGACUUCCUGCCCCUGGAGCAGAAGUACAAGAGCUUCGGUGCUUAA